GAAAGUUAUUAAAAUUUACACAGCAUGAUUUUUGAGUUGAACAACAUAGAAUUUUGUGUGUAUUAAUCACUAUGUGUUUGAUGUGAAUUUUGUCUGCUAGUGCCUAAACACACAAAGAAUAUCAACAGAUAACUUGUAUUUUCUAUAGAUUGUUUUUUGUUUGUUUGUUUGGAAGUAGAAAGUGAUUGUAUCGUUUAUGCAUUAAGGCUGCGUAUUUGAUAGGAUUUUUAGCUAAAAGAAAAUGGAAGCCAUCAUUAGGAAUGGCCACCUUAUCACAUGUUAACUGGAUUUAAUUAUGGAUUGUACAUUGUGGCAUGUUAUAAAACAAAGGAAUUCUUACAAUGACGUGAACAUGUUCUUUAGGAAUUUACAAGUGAAAACUGUGUAAUAAGUGAAAAUGGCUGCUAAUGCAACCGAAAGUGAUACAAGUUCAUUAACUAGGACAAAAACUGUGUUCCAUGGCGAUGUUAUCAGUUCUACAGCCUCAUUUUCAUCUGAGGUGUCAUCAUCAGUGCAUUCUUCAUCAGAAUUACUUUCAGGGUCCUUACCAACACAACAUAUGGAUAUCCCAUCCACGACAAUUCUACAAGAUUCAUUAGCAUCCAGUCAUAGUGCCUUCUCCACCGUUCAUCAUGCCAGUUCACAAUCAGUAUCAUCAACAUCUCAACCACUAUCGACCUCAGCCACACCACCUUUGAACUCUGUCGGAGGAUCGUAUGAAACAUCAAACUACAAAAUUUCUAGUCAUUCAUCAAGUCCAGUGAAAUCAAAUGGAAUAGAUUCAGUGAAAUUGACAUCAAACAUUUCACCCUCAUCAUCAGUUGUUAAUCCUAGUUCUUCAUAUAUCCCCCCACUCUUGCCAAUAACCACUGCUGCCACCAAUGGCAGUGUAUCAGCCACUCCAUGUAAGUAUAACAUCAGUUGUUAA